GACACUUGAAGGUGAGGUUAUAUCAUAUGUUGUCUAAAAACGUGUCUGGAAAAACCGCUCAUUGUACGCACCCUCGGGUUUCCAUGAAGAAUUUUUCGAAUUACACUUUACACUGAAGCUGGAAUAGUAUUGCAACCAGUCGCAAAAUCACUCAAAAUGUUAAGUUUAGUGCGACAAUGUCGCGCAUUCACCCCUGCUAAACAAUUUCUGGGUGUCUCAAAUCGGACGCUACCAAAAAAUGGACUUGUUAGGACUUACAUGACCCCCAUUUGGAGGAGGCAACCCCUAACAAAUCUUCUCAAAACGAGGAAUUUUCUCAAACCUAGCGGAGCAAUUAUUGUGAGACUGAAUUCAAACAUUCCGCAAAAAAGCAAAAAAAGCAUAGGCUACUGGCUGAUGACCUGCAGCGGAAUGGUCUUCGUGGCCGUAGUUUUAGGUGGCGUAACGCGAUUAACCGAGUCAGGGUUGUCUAUGGUUACGUGGAAAUUGUUGGGAGAAAAAAUGCCCAGGACGGAAAAAGAGUGGCAGGAGGAGUUUGAAAAAUACAAACAAUUUCCCGAAUUUAAAAUCAAAAACAGAGAAAUGACUUUAUCCGAGUUCAAAUGGAUAUGGCACAUGGAAUUCGGGCACCGGAUGUGGGGCCGUGCCAUCGGCGCUGUUUUCCUAAUCCCAGCUGUGUAUUUCUGGGCCCGUGGCAGAUUCACCCCAGCGAUGAAAAAACGAGUGUUGGCUUUCGGUACUCUGAUCGGUGCCCAAGGAUUGAUGGGUUGGUACAUGGUUAAGUCAGGUCUUGAGGACCGAUUCCAUGGCGAAAGCGACGUACCUAGAGUAUCGCAAUAUCGACUUGCCGCCCACCUUAGCCUUGCUUUUGUUUUAUAUACACUGUUCCUGUGGUCUGGUCUCGACCAACUUUUACCAGCCGAAACCAUAACCACUGGGUGCAAAAACGCCAUAAAAGCGGCGAGAAAAUUCAGGAUGGUGGCGCAUACGUGUAAAGGCUUAGUGUUUCUGACUGCGCUCUCAGGGGCUUUUGUGGCCGGUCUGGACGCAGGUUUAGUCUAUAAUUCGUUCCCUAAAAUGGCAGAUAAGUGGAUUCCCGAUGAUAUUUUAGCACUAAUGCCUGCUAUGAGCAAUUUUACGGAAAAUCCAACUACGGUUCAGUUUGAUCAUAGGGUUUUAGGGACUACGACUUUGACUGUUAUCACAGCCAUGUAUUUGAUGUCGAGACGCAGGCUUUUGCCACGAAGGGCUUACACUGCGGCUGCAGUUUUCGGGGCUUUGGCCUGGCUGCAGGUCGCUUUGGGAAUAACAACGCUUUUAACGUACGUACCAACCGCUUUGGCGGCAAGUCACCAAAGCGGGUCGUUACUUUUGUUAUCGUCUGCCGUUUGGCUGACUCAUGAACUCAAAAGGUUACCUAAGUAGGCGAGAAAAAACGUAGUUGUAAUGUAACAAACUUUUAUUGUAAGGUUAUUGAUAUUUGAUUGAUAAUUAAUAUCGACACUACCAUUUAUUUUAAAACAAAAUAUAUAUCAAUAUCACGUGAUCCACCAUAAAACAAACUGUUAUUUUACUUAUUUGGUGCGUAUUUCCAUAAAAAACACUUCUGGUUUCAAA